GGGUCGCGAGCAAGUGUCUGCCGAAGGUCGCCUCCAAGGUUCUCCGGGCCCUUGGCCUUCCUGGGGGGAAUCCUCCCUGGGGAGCCCAGGAAGGAGCGUGGCGGCUGCAGCGACGGCUUGCGCGUGACCAUGGCCGACGAAGGGAGUCGGUACUGGAGCAGCUCGCGCGCGACGACGGCGAUUGCGCUCCAAGAGGGCGGCGAUUCUAUGGAUUGCUGCCACGGUGGUGGGAGGCCCAGCCUUCGACCACUCUUUCAAGCUCGCGGCAGGCGACCGCGGUUCAAGCCUCCACGGAGGCAUUUGGGCGGUGCCGUCAUGCGAUGUUGGAGCCUAGGCUCACGCAUCCUACAGCACGCGCCGGACGAACGCGAUUACGCUCAAGUCAAGUCCCAGUGGGACAGCGGCUACUACGGCCGCAUUCAGGUAGGCGCAGGGCCCGUGCCCUGUGCCUGCCGAACCUCGUGGGUGGCGAGAUCGAUCACCUGUCCUCUCUGAGGUCGCGCUUUGGAUUUUCAUCGGACUCUCCGCAAUCGGAGGGCCACCCUGCACGUGACGUUUCUAGCACGAGCGGGGCCAGGUUGCUUUGUCGUUAGUUGUUGGUAGACAGGAGUAGUAAGCUACUAGUAACUAAGUGAUAAUACAGUCUUCAAG